AUGCAAGCUGCUGAAUGGCAGGUCAAGGUUUAUGAAGCCAAGUUCACUGAGAUGUCGGCAGCCCUAGAGUCGGCGCAGCUAACGGCAAAGGAGGCUCUGGAGGUGAAGAAGGCGGUCCAGGUGGCUUUUGAGGAGUCGGAGCGGGCUAAGGCUUCGAAGAUCAAGGCUGCAGUCCAGGAGGCAAUCCGGAGGUACCGUCACUCUUUCGAGUUCUCUACCUUGCUGGACAAGGAGGUGGGCUCGGAAAUGGUGGACCUGGUCUACCAUUUCAAGCAGUACAGCCCUGGGCAGAAGCUAAACUUGAAUUUCAUUGCUGAUCAUCCUCCCCUUCCCGAAGGAAUCACGGAAGGGAUGAUAGAAGACUACAAAGGGGAGGAUGCUCCGGAAGAGCCUGCUGCCGAUGCCGAUGCCGAGGAGGCCGCUGCUUGA